AUGAUGCAGAUAAGCUCAACCCUACCCGCAAACAACCUUCACAUGUUCCAAACAAGACGCGCCAGCUUCAGAUGCCGAGCCUCACCCUUGAACCCAUUCCCAACCUCCACCACCGAGUCCACACGGUUGCACCUCGCUAACCUCGACAAACUCCUCCUCAAACAAUCGCCGGAACCUCCCACUCAACAACAACAACAACCAAUUCAAAAUAACAAUGACGAAAGCCAUGACUUAACAACAACAACAACAACAACAACAACAACGGAAAAGAAAGGAAAGAACGUUCUGGAAGGUCUAAACCUUGCGAGGAUGUGGUCGGACAUGAAAGCCACCGAGGAAAUGUCACCGCGCCACCUCAACCGCCUUCAGCGUUUGCUCUCCAAGACGGCGGAGUACUCGCCGCGAAACGCCCUCGGAAGCCGGUGGAGGGAAUACCACGGCAGCAAAGACUGGAAAGGCAUGCUCGACCCUCUCGACGAGAAUCUUCGGCGAGAGGUGGUGCGCUACGGCGAGUUCGUCCAAGCCGCGUACAAUUCCUUUCACUCCAACCCUGCCAUGUCAGCAGAGGAGCCUCCGUUUCCUCGCCACGUGGCGUUGCAGGACAGGUCAUACAGAGUAACAAAAAGCCUCUACGCCACGUCAUCAAUCGGGUUGCCCAAAUGGGUCGACGAAGUUGCCCCGGAUCUUGGAUGGAUGACCCAAAGGUCAAGUUGGAUGGGAUACGUCGCCGUUUGCGACGAUUGGAGGGAGAUCGCGCGUUUGGGUCGGAGGGACAUUGUUAUCUCUCUCCGCGGGACCGCCACGUGUCUUGAAUGGGCGGAGAAUAUGAGAGCGCACUUAAUCGAAGUAACCGAUGACACAAAAGCCCAAGAAAAGUCCAAGCCCAAGCCCAAAGUAGAGUGCGGGUUCUUGAGCCUGUACAAGACAAGAGGAGCUCACGUGCCGAGCCUGGCUGAGUCCGUGAUCGAAGAGGUGAAGCGGCUCAUGGAAGUGUACAAAGGUGAGACCCUAAGCAUAACGGUCACAGGACACAGCCUCGGUGCGGCACUGGCGUUGUUGGUGGCUGAUGAGAUCAGCACUUGUAGCCCAGAAGUACCACCAGUGGCUGUUUUUUCCUUUGGUGGGCCCAGGGUGGGUAACAAGGCCUUUGGGGAUAAAGUCAUGGCCCAAAAUGUGAAAGUGUUGAGAAUAGUGAAUUCCCAAGAUUUGAUCACAAGGGUUCCUGGGAUGUUGGUGAGUGAAGAGGUUGAGCAAAAAUUAAGGACCUCCAAAGUUGGUGGUGCUGUCCUUGACAGGCUGGAUGAGUACUCGCACGUGGGGACAGAACUACGUGUGGAUACGAAGAUGUCGCCAUAUUUGAAACCGGAUGCUGACAUGGCAUGUUGUCAUGACUUGGAGGCUUACCUACACUUAGUGGAUGGGUUCUUGGCCUCUAAUUGUCCAUUUAGAGCCAAUGCAAAGAGAAGCUUGGCUAAAUUAAUGCAAUACCAAAGCUCUAAUGUAAAAAAAUUAUAUACUAACAAGGCUAAAUCCUUGAGUGUGAAUCUUCAAAGACAGGGAUCAUUCUCUAUCUCUGGUUAUUUGCCCAGUCCAUCUUAA